AUGGAUUAUAAAGUUAAACAACAAAAACAACAAACAACAACAACAACAACAUCUAAAAAUAUGGUAAAUCAUAAAGAACAACAACCAGAUAAUUUGGUUAAAUCAAUUACAAAAUCAACAGAAGAAUUAACAAUUCAAGAGAAUAUUUUAUCAACAUCAACUAGUGGACAAUCAACAACAACAACAACAAUAAUUCAACCAGUAACAACAACAACAACAACAACUACCACUACUACCACUACAACAUCAACUUCAAGUAGUGUUUUAAUUGAAAAUGAAAAUGGUAGUAGUGUUGUAAUUGAACAUUUAAAACCAGAAGUAGAAUAUGGUAAUAUUGAAUAUAAAUUACAAUUAAUUAGUCCAACACCUGAUAGAUUGGAGCAUUUAACUUCACAGAUGAAAUGGAGGAUUGGUGAAGGAGCAGGUGAGUGUCUCUAUGAAUUGGGUGUAAGUGAUGAUGGUACAGCAGUUGGUCUAUCGGAUGAAGAUAUGACAUUAUCUUUGGAAACAUUGAAUAAGAUGGCAAAGAAAUUGAAUGCUGAUUUAACUGUAAUUAGAGAGAGACCAGGUUUAAGUGGUGGUAAAGUAGUAGAGGCAUUAAUUAGGAAGUAUGCAUCGACAGAGGAUUUUUCAGAGAUUCGUGUCGUAUGUUGUGGUAAUGUAGAUGCAGGUAAAUCAACAUUAUUGGGUGUAUUGAAAUGUGGUGUUUUAGAUGAUGGUAGAGGUAAGGCACGUCUCAAUGUAUUUCGUCAUCGUCAUGAAGUAGAGAGUGGAAGAACCAGUUCAAUCUCUCAAGAGAUUGUUGGAUUCGAUAGUAAGGGUAAAAUUGUAAACUAUAAUACCCUCCACUCUUCCCUCUCUCCAAGUGAAAUUUGUGAAAGCUCUUCAAAGAUCAUCACCUUUGUAGAUUUAGCAGGUCAUGAAAAAUACUUAAAAACAACAUUGUUUGGUAUGACAUCAAGUUCACCAGAUUAUUGUAUGAUUGCUGUUGGUGCAAAUACAAUGGGUGCCACUGGUAUGUGCAAAGAGCAUUUGGGUAUCGCGUUAUCUUUACAUAUUCCAGUGUAUAUUGUUAUCACAAAGAUCGAUAGAGCACCUGAAAAUGUAUUGGCAGCAACAAUGACCGAUAUUAAAAAGAUUUUACGUGGACCAGGUGCAAGAAAGUUACCAGUAGUCAUUAAAAAUCAAGAUGAUGUCGUUGUAGCAGCCAGAAACUUUGUAUCGGAUCGUGUCGUACCAAUCUUCACCGUCUCAAAUGUAACCGGUGAGAAUUUAGAUCUCUUAAGAAUGUUUUUAAAUCUUUUACCAGCUCGUAAGGAAUGGGAAUCUUUAGCUUUGAAACCGGCACAACUCGAUAUCGAUUCAACUUGGAAUGUUAGUGGUGUUGGUACAGUCGUUAGUGGUACAGUUAUGAAAGGUGUCAUUACAGCUGGUGAAACUUUAUUGAUUGGUCCAGAUGAUAGUGGUAAUUUCAUACAAACUCAAGUAAAAUCAAUUCACACCAAACGUUUACCCGUUAAACAUGUUAAAGCUGGUCAAACCGCUAGUUUAGCUUUGAAAAGGAUUAAAAAGGAACAGAUUAGAAAAGGUAUGGUCAUCAUUCAUCCGUCUGCUAAACCAGUGGCAACUCGUGAAUUUGUCGCAGAGGUUUUAAUCUUGUUUCAUAGUACUACCAUCAGUAAAAACUAUGAAAGUGUCAUCCAUUGUCUUAGCACAACCCAAAGUGCACGUUUGAUUGAGAUGGACAAAGAAGUUCUUCGUACUGGUGAUCGUGCUAGAGUUAAAUUCAGGUACUUGCAUCGUCCACAAUUUUUAACUGUUGGUAGUAAAUUUGUAAUUCGUGAAGGUCGUUCAAAAGGUAUUGGUCGUAUUAUUGAAUUAUGUCCGUUUGUUGUGGAACCAAUCGUUCAUAAAAUUUCAAAUGCACACGGUCACUCGAAUGCCCAUUUAACUAACGUUGCCAAUGGUGGUGCCAUAAAAAAACAAACUGUCACCAGAGCUCAGAGAUUAAAAAUUAAAACCUCUGAUGGCUAA